UAGGACGGUUUUGUGCGGUGCUCUAAUGUCAGUCCUGAACGGGCCAUAGCUAAGCGAGAGGAGCGUCAUAAAGACUCACAGCCCCGAGCUCCGGUACCAGGCUACCGUGGAAACCCUUUGGAUUAACUUUUCACUUGAUUUGACUUCUCUUCUCUUUAGAGCGACAGCUUUCUCAUUUCCUCUCGUGCGUCUCUCUACGGUCAGUCGGUGGAAUGGCAGAGAAGCGACGCUCUUCGUGCAAUCUGAGCGUCAAGGCGCACGCGUUCUCGGUGGAAGCUCUCAUCGGGGCAGAGAAGAGACGGAAGCUCGAGGACGACGACACCGGGGUGUGCUGUCUUGAUGAGUGGACCGACGUGUUGGAACUUCCCGCUAACGGAAAGGAGAGCGAGAAGAGUGUGUACGGCCGCGCCAUCGACCGGGGCAGCGAGAUAGAAGAGUGUGUUAGUGACGGCUCGCCGGAGAGUUGUGACGUGGUGUCGCCGCCGGUAACAGUAACGGUUCCCGGAGAGGAGAUGCGCGUGGACUUGCAGAGCUCCGACCUGUGGAAACGGUUUCACGAGAUCGGUACGGAGAUGAUCAUCACGAAGGCCGGCAGGCGGAUGUUCCCCGCUAUGCGCGUGAAGAUCUCCGGUCUGGACCCCCACCAGCAAUACUACAUCGCCAUGGACAUCAUCCCCGUGGACAACAAAAGAUACAGGUACGUGUAUCACAGCUCCAAGUGGAUGGUGGCGGGAAACGCGGAUUCCCCAGUUCCACCGCGUGUGUACAUCCACCCGGACUCGCUGGCUUCCGGUGAGACGUGGAUGCGUCAGGUGAUCAGCUUCGACAAACUCAAACUGACCAAUAACGAGCUGGAUGACCAGGGGCAUAUCGUCCUCCACUCCAUGCAUAAGUACCAGCCGCGAGUGCACGUGAUUCAGAAGGAGCGCGGAGAGGAUCUGUUUCCUGUUAGAGCCGUUCCCCAGGGAGACGGAACCAGAACUCUCAGCUUCCCAGAGACUGUCUUCACCACUGUCACCGCGUACCAGAACCAACAGAUCACCAAGCUGAAGAUUGACAGGAACCCAUUUGCCAAAGGCUUCAGAGACUCCGGAAGAAACCGGAUGGGCCUGGAGGUUCUGGCUGACUCGUACGGGUUUUGGCCUUCUCUCAGAACCAUGACGUUUGAAGACAUCACUGGAAUGAAAAAAGGAAUCCCGGGGUCGCAUGGAGGUUCAUCUCACCUGCUCUCUUCUUCUCCUUGCUCCUCCCCGUUCAAGGUGUGCUCUCUCUCUCCCCUGGACUACACCGUCAGCCGACCAACACACGCGCACAACCUCCAUCGCUACGGAAACCCCGCCUCCCACUUCCCCCAUCCUGCGUCGCGAAGACCGUCGGCUUAUGACAGUGAUGUAUUCUGCUCUCAGAUUGGCUACCUGCAACCUGUCCCCCUCCAGUACGGUCUCUAUGGUUACUCCAACCCCCUUACUCACAUCGCAGCCAACCCAGACAAGAUGGCGGUUGCUGGUGGCGCUGUGUCCAAUCGGAACCCUUUCCUCGGCUCCUCCCCAAGUAGGAACACUGACGGACAGUCUGGGCAUGCUCAAUGGAGACCAGCAGGCCAACUUCCUGUUUGACUCUCGGACGUUGGGAUUGUCUGUGAGCCAGUCAGAGAGGGGAGGGGCUUCACAGGUCACCGCCCACAUGAGACAUGAGACAUGUUUCUAAAAACCUGACCCUCUCGAUGUUUCUAAUGGCAACAGGCUGCAGCUGCUCCGUGGAGAGGGUGUGGUGUGGGAAUCACCAGCCAAUGAGGAUUGACGAGACAUCUCACAGACCUAUGGGGAGAAAGAGAGCGACAGCUUUGGAGACUGUUUGUGUUGAAGAGAGAGAACUACGCCCACUAAUGGGAUAUUGUUAUUAGGUACCCGUUGUUGUUGUUAUUGAUGUUGAUUUUUUCUAAGCAUCUGAUUAAAGGAAUAAAUGGACACUACGAGAUACUGAAACAUCUGCA